GUUGCGGUCAAAUUAGCCAGGGUUCCUCAAGCAAACGACACGGAACUGGUGAAUAGGACAAGCAAGAGGAUUCGUCGCGAGGCUUAUGUUUGGAUUACCUUAGAGCAUGAAAAUAUUCUUACUUUCAAUGGUGUUGUUGAUGGCUUUGGGCCACUCCCUGCCCUAGUUUCUCCAUAGAUGGAAAAUGGAUCGCUCGAUGAUUAUCUGAAAAGGGGACGUGUUCCUUCCAAGGCCGACAAACUGAGAAUGUUGAGACAGAUGGCGGCCGGCCUCAAGUAUUUACAUGACAAAGAAGUGGUCCGUGGCGAUUUAAGAUGUCCGAUGGGAGGCUCAAUCUUGCAGACUUCGGUCUCUCAAUGAUCCUUUCGGAAGCACAAAACUCCACCUUCAGUUCGUGCCAUCCAGGAAAUGUGCAGUGGAUGGCGCCUGAGAUGCUUGCUAUGCCUGAGCAAGGGGAGGUGGCGAUACCAACCAAGGCCGCCGAUGUUUACUCAUAUGCUUGCAUCAUGCUUCAGGUGUUUUGUGGAGGUACGCCUUACCUCCGGCUAACGCAAGCGAACCACGUUGUUGCAGCAAGAAUGGCAGGAACAGAGCCCUUCCGUCAAUUCACUGAUAUCGAAGACGUACACAAGGAGUAUUCGUUGAAAUGCGUAUCUGUCAGGUCCAGAGAUCGACCAGUGGCUUCUGCGGUUGUAAAGCAGAGUAACAACAAUACAAUGAACUAGCCUAGGAUGCUGUGUAUUCGGAACGACAUUU